AUGUCAGUUUUUCUAUUAGAAGAAGUUUUAAUACCUACUCUUGAGUUCCUCGAAGACGACAUUCAAUCUUUACAUUCGUGCUUAUUAGAUUUGUUAAGAGAAUUUUUUUGUGGUAUAUUUCCUACAGCAACUUUGGAUACACAGCCUGCUUUUGACUAUAUAAAAUUUUUACAAAAACUUGAUUACCAAGCAUUGCACCAAGCUAUCGAAUCUUGGUGUAAAUACCAAGGUAUUGAUACAUACCAAGGUAUUGAUGCCCAUGUUAUUAAUCAAGAUUUAGAACCUGAUAUGGUGCUUUAUCCGACCAGCAUAAUCUUGGAUCUUUUAAUCGACCUAAUUGUGGAGCAGUCGAUAAACCUUUCAAAGCUCUCCAUGUCUGUCGUCUCCCAUCGUGAAGGCGAAUAUCUUGAUUUAUAUCGAUACGAAGAGUUUGCUCAUACAUUCUUGCCAAAGUUGCAGUUUUUGGAUUGUGAUGAUUGCAUUCCAAGAAACUUGUCAUUCGCCUCACGGAUUGCUACAAACCUAAACAAAUUAAACAUUGAAUGUUCUUGGGGUAAUGAUGUGGAAAUAUUUUUACUCCUUCAAUCACAAAAAAAAUUGCAACAUUUGACAGUCAUUAAAAGAUGGCCACACUUAGAUAAAGAUGCAUUAGAGAAAAAAUUUUUAUCUAAUUCGCUCACUAGA